AAUUAUUAUUCAAAAUAUAAUUUCUUUUUAAGAGUUGGAAGUUUCGAAUCUAUAUUUUUUAUUUGGAGAAUCGAGUUAUAUACUGUCAGACAUCAAACUCUUGGCCAAAGUACAAAAAUUAAUAUAAAAAUGAAAAAAUGCUUCAAGUUCAAGCUCUCCCAUUAUACAAUUCCUUACAACAUCAUUUCUUAAGAGCUACAGUUGAUCAUAAAUAUGGAAUUAAAUUCGUAAUUCCAAUGCAGUGGGUUCCAAUUUCGAAAAGUCCGCUUCUGCUGUGUAAAGAAGCUCAAAAUGAGUACGAGCUAUUCCGUUUUCUUAAAGAAAUGAUUUCAAGUGUUUCAAAGACCCAACAUCCAUAAAGAAAUGACCUAUUUCUUUUUCUUAAAGAUUAAUUUUUCUUCUCUCUCACUUUCUUUCUUUUGAUAUAGAAGUAUUUUUGGAGAAAUCUGACCUCUAGACAUGAAGGCAGUGCUGUACUGUACCUAAUAUGUGCAUCAUGUAUGGCCAAUUGAGCCAUAAAUAAUCUCCCAAAUUCGCUCAUGAAACCCAUAAUACACAAAUCCUUGGUCUGCCGGCCCAUAUGGGGGAUAAGCCUGAGGUUAGCUUGUAGUCAUGUGGUUGAAAUUCAGAAACAUCAUGCACAUACCCGUAAACUAGGAGCCUCAGGAGUCCAACCUGCCCAUGUGGAAGCUAUACCUGAAUCAAUAUCAUUCCCAGUUGCUCUUCAGCUGUUCGAUGAAGUGUCUGACUUGGGUGUAAUAUCUGCCACGCACAUCAUUGGCCGCUUUGUUCGACAGCACCGCCAUGAAGAGGCCAUCUGUCUCUUCUCAAAAAUGCUUGUAUCAAAUAUUACACCCAAUGAGUUCACAUUUGGCACCGUAACUCACUCAUCAACUCUGCUAGGAAACCUUAAUAUCGGCAAGCAAGUUCAUGCUUGUGCAAUGAAGAUUGGCCUUCACUCAAAUGUCUAUGUCGGUAGUGCACUUUUAGAUUUUUAUGCCAAGUUGAGUACCACCGAGGAAGCUCAAAGAGCCUUUGAAGAUACCUUUGAGCCAAAUGUGGUAUCUUACACAACUUUGAUAAGCAGCUACCUGAAAAAAGAGAGGAUUGAAGAUGCUUUCUCAGUUUUUCAAGAGAUGCCUGAGAGAAACAUUGUUUCAUGGAAUGCGAUGAUUGGAGGGUGUAGCCAAACAGGCCACAAUGAAGAGGCUGUGAAUCUUUUUGUUGAGAUGCUUAGACAUGGAUUGUUGCCAGAUCAAUCGACUUUUCCUUGUGCUAUCAGUGCAGCAGCCAAUAUUGCCGCGCUUGGAAUGGGAAAAAGCUUUCAUGCUUGUGCUAUUAAGUGUUUGGGUAAACUUAAUGUGUUUGUUAGCAAUUCGUUGAUUAGCUUUUAUGCUAAAUGUGGAACCAUGGAAGACAGUCUCUUGGUUUUCCAUAAAGUUUCUGAAAGAAAUAUUGUUUCUUGGAAUGCCGUGAUAUGCGGUUAUGCACAAAAUGGUGGAGGGGAGGAAGCCAUAAAAUUCUUUGAAAGGAUGAGGCUCGUAGGUUGUAGGCCUAAUAGUGUUUCACUUCUUGGCAUCUUAUGGGCUUGCAAUCACGCCGGUCUUGUUGAUGAGGGUUAUUCAUAUUUCAAUAAAGCAAUACUUGAAGAACCUAGCAUGCUAAAGCCUGAGCACUAUGCAUGUAUUGUUGACUUGCUCUCUCGUUCAGGGCACUUUAGACAAGCUGAGGAGUUUCUUUGGGAUUUGCCCUUUGAUCCGGGAAUUGGGUUUUGGAAAGCAUUGCUUGGAGGCUGCCAGAUUCACUCGAAUGUAGAAUUGGGGCAGUUUGCAGCACAAAAAAUAUUGACAUUGUAUCCUGAAGAUGUGUCAUCAUAUGUAAUGCUGUCAAACGCACAUUCUGCAGCCGGUAGAUGGUCUUAUGUUUCAACAAUAAGAAGGGAGAUGAAAGAGAAAGGAAUGAAGAGGAUUCCAGGUAGCAGUUGGAUUGAAAUUAGAAGCAGAGUCCAUGUCUUUAUAACCGGAGACAAGAAUCAUCCCCAAAAGGAUGAAAUUUAUAUGGCCUUGCGGUUUUGUAUUGAGCAUUCAAGGGAUCUUGUCGAAUCUUCCAAUUUUCUUGAAGAUUCUUGAGUCUAUCUUUGGUAGAAAUGAUUAGCAUUUAGCAUGGCCAAUCUUUAUAUAUUGGGGUCCAAAUGGGGCCCAUUUGGUUGUAAGAAACUCAAUCGAGAUUAACUUAAUUCAGUUUAAUUUUAAGUUAAGUCUAACA